AUGGACUCAACCUACCAUCACGGGAGCGAGGAGGCGGUGGACGAGGAACCGUACUUGUUCGAUCUGGGUUCCUCCACUCGCCCCGUAACGACCAAGAGUCCUACAGCGCAGAUCUGGUUCGAUCGAGGUUUGCAGUGGUCGUACGCCUUCAACCAUGAAGAGAGUGCAAAAUGCUUUCUCAAGGCGAGCAGCGAGGAUCCCAGCUGCGCGAUGGCACUUUGGGGAAUCUCAUAUGCUCUCGGACCCAACUAUAAUAAGCCAUGGGAAGCCUUUGAUGCUGAUGAGAAGGAGGCGAAUCUCCGGCAGGCCCAAAAUGCCUUGAUUGCAGCAGAACAAAAAGCGAAAGAGGCAAAUGCGACGCCUGUAGAAUUGGCACUAAUCCGAGCAUCUCAGGCUCGUUAUCCUAUAGAAAGGAGUGGCGACGACUACUGCAAAUGGAAUGUGGCUUAUGCAGACGCCAUGAAGGACGUCUACGCCCAGUUCGGGGAUGAUUUGGACAUUGCUGCUCUCUAUGUGGACUCUCUGAUGAACAUCACGCCUUGGGCAUUGUGGGAUACUCGCACUGGAGAGCCGGAAAAGGCUGCUCGGACUCUGGAAGCAAAGGCCGUUCUGGAUCGCGCAUUUGACGCAGGUGGUAAGCACCAUCCAGGACUUCUCCACCUCUGGUGCCACCUGAUGGAGAUGUCUGCGAAUCCCGAAGAUGCUUUGGAUGUAGCCAACCACCUGCGAGGACUCGUACCAGAUGCAGGCCAUCUUCAUCACAUGCCGACCCAUCUGGAUGUGCUUGCAGGUCAAUGGCAAGAUGCCAUCACAUCCAACACUGCAGCAAUCGAAGCCGAUGCACGCUAUCUUUCCAAGGUCGGUGCAUUGAACUUCUAUUCCCUUUAUCGUAGUCACAACUACCACUUCAAGGUGUACGCUGCCAUGUUUGCGGGUCAAUACGAGCCUGCGAUUGAGACGGUAGCACAGCUGGAGGAGUCUUUGCCAGAAGACCUGCUUCGGACACCAAGCCCUCCCAUGGCAGAUUGGCUCGAGAGCUUUUUGAGUAUGCGAGUGCAUGUACUCGUCCGUUUUGGCAAAUGGGAUGAUCUCCUCGCCAUGCCUAUACCAGUGGAUCCAGAGCUGUAUGCGGUCACCACGGCGAUGAUCAAGUACGGUCGAGGCAUAGCUUACGCGGCCACCGGCCAAGUCGAACAAUGCGCUCUGGAGCGCGAAGAGUUCCUGGAAGCAGCUGCGAGAGUUCCUCCGAGCAGGACAUUGUUCAACAAUACAGCCAAUGACAUCCUUGCUGUAGGCGCCGCCAUGCUGGGAGGAGAAUUGGAAUACCGAAAAGGGGCAUUCACGGCCGCGUUUGCACAGCUCCGCGUGGCCGUCGAAUUAUCCGACAACCUUCCCUACGACGAACCGUGGGGUUGGAUGCAACCUCCCCGGCAUGCGUUAGGGGCACUGUUACUCGAGCAAGGAUGGAUCGAAGAUGCUGCCCGAGAAUACCAAGCCGAUUUGGGCAUCGACGACACAUUACCCCGAGCGUUGCGGCACCCGCAUAAUAUUUGGGCGUUGCAUGGAUAUCACGAGUGCUUGCAAAGGCUGGGUAAAGACGAGGAAGCCCGUGCGAUUGAACAAGAAUUGGCCGAGUUGAGCAAAUGCGCGGAUGUUCAUGUGACGAGUUCAUGUUUUUGCAGGACGAAUUCUAUUCCUACUGCAUCAUGACUAGUCAGUCAUCCAGCUCCUUGAUAUCUUGUCUGUCGUAAAAUCUCCUUUUUUUUCUCUCUCCUUUUCCUUUUGAAAAACAAAAAGAAAAGAACAGAAACUACCAGGUAUAGAUACAGUCGAGAUUGCUGAAAGCAAAUAGGGAAAUCUGCACUCCCUACACUACACUAUUCAUUAGACAGAUAGAGAAAUUACCACUACCUACCUAGGUACAGUACCUAGGUACAGUAGGUAUCUACGUACUAUUCCCG